AGGCAUUCAACAUCCUUAUUUUCAACAAACUUUUUUGUUUUUGCAAGUUCCAUCAAAAUCAAUCCAACAAUAAUAAUACAUGAGUUUUUAUUAUUAAACAGAGAGUAUCAAAUUACUAUUCUAACUCCUCAAGUCCCACAAAUUUGGCGAGUCAUUCAAAAGCCGCCUCCUUUCGCUUUCAGACGAAUUCCUUCCCACAUUUCUCAUGGCGGCCGCGGCGACCAAAAACUCUAAUAUAAACCCUGCCACCAAUCGCCGUCCAAUACAACCAGCGCCACCAAUCUCCACCGCUAAUGGCAUCGACCGACGACGGUUUCCGGCCACUGGACGAGAAGUCCCUAAUAGAGUACAUAAAGGCCACGCCCUCUUUAGCUUCCAAGCUCGGCAAUCACUUGGAUGAUUUGCAAAUCAAAGAGGUCGGUGAUGGCAAUCUCAACUUCGUCUACAUUGUUGUUGGGAAAUCUGGUUCUUUCGUUAUCAAACAGGCUCUUCCAUACAUACGCUGCAUAGGGGAAUCAUGGCCGAUGACGAAAGAACGUGCUUACUUUGAGGCCACAGCACUAAAACAGCAUGGUCAUUUAUGCCCUGAUCAUGUUCCAGAAGUUUAUCAUUUUGACCGGGCUAUGUGUGUGAUUGGUAUGCAUUACUUGGAGCCUCCACAUAUAAUCUUGAGGAAAGGGUUGAUUGCUGGAAUUGAGUACCCAUUGCUUGCGGAACACAUUUCAGAAUAUAUGGCAAGAACUCUUUUCUUCACAUCACUUCUUCAUCAUACUACCACGGAGCACAAACGAGCAGUUUCUGAAUUUUGUGGAAACAUGGAGUUAUGCCGGCACACUGCACAGGUUGUCUUUUCUGACCCUUAUAAAGUAUCUCAAUAUAACCAUUGGACUUCCCCAUAUCUUGAUCGUGAUGCUGAGGCAGUUCGAGAGGAUAAUGCUUUGAAGCUUGAAGUUGCUGAGUUGAAAUCCAUGUUCGGUGAGAGAGCGCAAGCCCUUAUACAUGGUGAUCUCCAUACUGGUUCUGUCAUGGUUACUCAUGAUUCAACGCAAGUUAUAGAUCCAGAAUUUGCUUACUAUGGACCAAUGGGGUUUGAUAUUGGAGCCUUUCUAGGAAACUUGAUUCUGGCUUUCUUUGCACAAGAUGGGCAUGCAAAUCAGGGCAAUGACCGAAAAACAUAUAAAGAUUGGAUUUUGAGGACAAUAGAAGACACUUGGAACCUCUUUCACAAAAAAUUUACAGCUCUUUGGGAUGAAAAUAGAGAUGGUUCUGGUGAGGCUUAUCUUCCUGCAAUUUAUAAUAACCCCGAGCUUCAGCUGCUUGUAAAACAGAAAUUCAUGAAAGAUUUGUUCCAUGAUACUCUUGGAUUUGGUGCUGCCAAAAUGAUAAGGAGAAUUGUAGGGGUAGCUCACGUCGAGGAUUUUGAAUCAAUCACUGAUGCUGGUAUACGAGCAGAUUGUGAGCGGCAGGCUCUAAACUUUGCCAAGGUGCUGCUGAAGAAAAGGCGAGAAUUUCAGGCCAUCAAUGAAGUAGUUUCAGCCAUUCAGAAACUCCAAUCAUGAUAGUUUUCUUCGUAAUAUCAAUAAUUUACCACAAAAUUUGGAAUAGUUUGGUAAGAAUAGAUUGGUUGGCGAAUCUAUUUCACUCGGAUUGGAAUAUAUUUGGUGGUCUUGGAAUUUGAAUCUUCAUGAAGGAAAGUCUGCUUCUUCUCAUCAAACAGCUAGACAAAUUCUUUGGAAUGUGGUUGAUACUCUUGGAGGCAAGGUGCAGGAUCUUGUGGAGUUAUUUUUCCCUCUGAUCCUGGUGUUUAGUUCCUUUGUUAUGCGAUAGCUAUUCCUGGUGUUUUUCUAUGUUGUUGUUGUUGUUCUUUGGGUUUGUAUUUCCGUUUGUUGGUUUUUUUUACUUCUUGUUUAGGCUUGUUAAUUACUGGAAAUGGUGUAAUCUAGAUGAGCUUUGUUGUUGGCUUGGGAGGUA